CAUCACCGUGUGCUCAAGGAAUAGGAGUAUUUACUACCUAGAAAAAUAUAAAAAUAAAAGAUUUGGCGUAAAAACAAGAUACAUUGCAGAACCUGAGACAAAAAUCACUGUGACAAGGUGACGUAGGUGUAGUUACUGUCUCGAAAAAAAAUAAAUAAAGAAAGAAAGAAAGAAAAAAAAAAAUUAUGCCUUUAAAGGAAAUAGUUAAUGAAAAUUGCCAGAAAAAAAAUAAAUAAGUAAAAGGUCUAGAAAAAAGAAUCCCUCUGAAAAAGCGGAGACAAAAAUCACUGUGUGAACAAGACGUACUGGCCAGGGAAAAGAUAAAUAAAUAAAAACAAGAAAAAUAGCCAAAGCCUACAAAAAAGACAAAAGUAGCUGAGACAAAAACAAAUAAAACGUCUAAAAAAAAGUGAAAAAGCUAACACAAGAAUCACCGUCUGCACAAGCUGUGGGAGUAUUUAGUGAAUAGAAAAAAAGUUAAAGUAAAGAAAAAAAAUGACAUUGACAACAUGUGACAAAAGUCACUGCGUGACAAGCUGUACGAGUAUUUAUUUCUUCAAAAAACGAAGGAAAAAAGUAUGGCUUACAAAAAGGAAAGACAAAAAAUAACGAAGAAAUUUCUAAAAAGUCUUGAAAAAAAAAAACUUUCAUAAUACAAAAUCAAACAAAAAUGAGCUUAAUUCCUCUACCAAUGAAAAGCAGGCAAGGGUUGCUUCUCGGAAGGUGAUUGGCUGGUUGGGUCCUUGGAGUGAUAGCUUGGAGUUGGUUCAGGUUGCGCUGGAGGCUGGGCCAAGUGUAUGCCAAGGCCAGGGUCUACCAACCAGUUCUCUGUAAGAUUAGUCACCAUGGUGAGCCUUCAGGAGCACAUGGUCUAUAAUAAGCGCAUCAACAAAACGCAGAGUCAAUUUGCCGCAAUGAGCCACUCCGAGUCCUUGUCGCAGCAAAGCAGCGUGAUGGAAGCUGGCAACGACUCAGACGCGCAGCCUGAAAAGGCGUGUUGCUUCUCAUGGGUCCGUUGUUGCUUCCAGAAGCUUUGCCGACGACUGAGGAAGCGGAAACGAAGCCAGCACCUCGCCGUCUCCCUGCCUCACGGGGAGACAGGUGCUGGGGAACAUGACGGCGCCUCACCUCCUCCACUCACUGACCACAGUGAGAUGGAAGAGGAAGUAAAAUGUAGUGAGGCUAAAGACAACGUACACGUUCACUCACCAAUAACAGACUCAGUCGAGCAAAAUUUGAAACCCCUUGCUGAAGAUCAAAACACAAGCACGACCACGCCACCAUUCACCGGCCUCACCUCUCCAAUUAUCGUAGGCGUGGUGUGGAAAAACAACUUUGCGUGCACUGGUGAACAGAAUGAGUCUAUAAAUAAGGAACUGGAGAAGAGCAAGCCCCUCAAUAACAUCAUGAAAACGAAACACAAUGAACGGAACGAGGCUGUUGAGGAGGAACAGGAGAAGAACAGCAACCUGAAUCACUUGAACGAUCAACUGAAAGCACAAUGCACCACUGUCUCUCAGAAUGAAGGUAAACAGACAGGCAAGGUGCCGGGAAACCACUCCACGGAAGAGAAAUUCAUAACAUGCGAAAAACAAACUCAGAAGAAUGCAAAAAGAACUCGGCGCCAUCGAAGGAAGAAAAACAAGAAAAAGACUCAAAAUAAUGAAGAAAAAGAAACGAAUAUGAUGGAGGAGGAAGAGGCAAAGACGACCCUCCAAGAGCGGGCGCUGGAACAGGAGCGUGACGAGGAAAACAUUUGCGAGGAAGAGAAAGUGACGAUGAUGGAAGAACAAGAGAUGGAAACAGGGAAUGAACAGAUGCUGGAGGAGAAAGACGAAGAAAAUCAUGAUGUUGUCGAGGAAGUGAAAGUGUCUGACGGUCAUUCAUCAGUUAAGGAACAGACGGGCACGGAAGAGAAGUCCGCGACACACGAAGAACAAACUCACAAAGCAAAAAGAACUCGUCGCCGUCGUAGGAAGAAAAACAAAAAGUUUCAGAAUAAUGUUAAUCACUGCAAUAACCAAAGUACUUGCACGAUUAAAGAGUCCUCCCGUGCAGAGGUGCCUCCACUCCCUGAAGAGGUACCAACCACCGUCAAUGUGACAUUGCCAACUAUCACUGGAAAAGAACCAGUCACUGGUGUGGAACGAGAGGGUGCAGAACACCACAGGGAUGAAGAAGAGAGCGUGACGUUAGUGGAGGACGAGGAGGCAGUGCCAGUAGUGCCGGAACUGAUGCUGGAACAACAGCAAGAGGAGGCGUGGGCAGUGGAAGAGCAUGAAGUGCUAUCCACAGAGCCAAAGGAGGCAGGGAAUCAGACGACUCUGACGGCUGACCACAGCGAUGAGGAAGAGGAAAGUAAUAUAAUGGAAGAGAAACAGGCCAGGACGAUCAUCCUAGAUUGGACGCGGGAACAGAAAGGUGAGGAGGAACAGCACACUGGCGAGGAAGAGAAAGUGACGAUGAUGGAAAAAGAGGAGGGCAUGGAAAUAGAGGAUGAACAGCAGCUAGGGCAGAAAGACGUAGAAAACCAAGACAUUGAUGAGGAAGGGAAAGUGACAAUAGUGGAAGCGUCUAACGCGGCGUGUACAAUUCAGGAGCAGUCGCGGGAAAACGAAAGUCUGGAGGCUCAACACAAUUUGCAGGAACAAACUGUAGAAGCAAAGAACAACAACAACGACUCUUGUUUCCCUGCUGGCGACACUCUCAAGGGGGAACCUGCUGCUGAGGAGCAACAUAAAUCAGCGGUUACUGAGGUGGAAGAACACAUCGAGGAAGACGUGAACAGGUCCCCAGUCGCCGCCAUAGAUCACCACCUGACACACCAGCCACACCACCACGCUGCACCAAUCACACAGCCUGCAAUGACCUACCCGCCUCCGCCAUGGCAGUAUCCGCCGCCUUCCUACAACGGCUCCCUGCAGGCUCUUCGCCAAGAAGUCCUGGACUUCCAUCGCUGGGCGGGAGGAACCGAGGCGGAGUCCCGGCGCAGGAUGCGCCCGGUGGAAGACGUGAGGGGCGCGGUUGGUGCGCUGUGGCCCGCGGCACAAGUCCAGGUCAUGGGCAGCCUGGCUAACGGCCUGUACUUGCCAGACAGCGACGUCGACCUCACGCUGGUGGGACAGUGGCCACCCUCGCCGCCGCCUCUGUUGGUCCUGAGGGACGCCCUCCUGCAGCAGGGCGUGGCACUGCCUGCCUCACUCAAGGUUCUUGAGAAGGCCACUGUCCCUCUGGUUAAAUUUGUCCAUCAGCAGACCGGAGUGGAGAUGGACGUGUCUCUCGGCGGCGAGGCGGCUGUGCGCGCCGCGGUGCUGGUGGCAGACUUCAAAAAGCAGUUUAACACAUUGACGCCUGUGGUUUUGUUCGUGAGAUAUUAUCUGAAACAAUUAAACCUUGGCCAAGUUUUCACAGGAGGCGUCUCCUCCUACGCCGUCACGCUCAUGGCCACCAGCCUCCUGCAGCUGCAGGUCCCGCCUGAGGAACGAAAAGAUCCUGCUCUGGUGCUUUUGAGGUUCUUUUAUUUUUAUGGACAUCAAUUUUCAUACGCCACGACGGGCAUCAGCGUGCUGGAGGGCGGCCGCUACCUGCGCAAAGAAGACGUGCCCACCGUCAUGCCCGGUGGCCACCGCCGGGCAGAUCUGUGUAUCCAGGACCCACUGACACCCGGCAAUGAUCUGGGCCGAUCGUCCUUCCGUGUCUGGGAGGCGCGAAGGGCCUUCCAGCACGCGUACCUGGUGCUGGCGCCCGCCGCACACGCCCCAGGCCGGUACACCACGCCGUGCUCUUUGCUGGGCCAGUUGCUGCUGGGAUACAGCGCUCCCUCGCGAUGCCUCCCGGACGGCCUGCUUCAUUACAGCCGUCAGGGCGCACCCCAGCACCAAGGUCACCGGCUGCCUCAGCAGGGGCGUCAUAACAAGUAUCAACAGAGUUCUCAACUCGCUGCUCAGCAGGAGCAUCAUGCGGUGUCUCGCCUAACGCUUCAACAAAACAACCAGUACCCAUGGCACGAAGGGUCAAAAACCAGGCACCACAGUCAUCAGCAGGGAUACGGGAGAGUGUAUCACCACACUCCUCAACAACAACAACGUCACCACACGAUUCACCACGGCUGUUAUUGCCACAGUUCUAUUGAGCAUUGGGAGUGGUGCAACCAGAGGCCUGAGGAGGCACGCCACCAUCACGGUCAGCAGGAUUAUUGGAAACAGUAUUACCAGAGGCCUGCGGAGGGCAUCCAGCAUCGAGAUCAGCAAGGCUAUAAGGCGUGGUCUUAUGUCAAACAAAAUCAGAGAAGCAAGCAAGGAGGACUGCGUGGCAGGCACGGCCAGGCAUCCGCGAUGGGCUAGGCAGAGGCACGAAUAGGCACGCCUUGGGAGGGGCGUGAGCAGAGGCCUCGGCAGAGACAUCAAUACCAGGCUUGGAGCAGCCAGGACGCGACACAGCAUUAUGGGACCAGUUGAGAUGCAGGUGAACAAGCCUUGAGGCGUCGAGGACCAGGAGAUUCUGCCAUAGGACAAGGAAGAGGAUGUUGUGAUGGAUGUUGAAGACAAUGAAGAAGCACACACAAAUCACACUGAGAUUUUACUGCUUAGGAAGAAGCUGAGACAAAAAUCAUUGCGUGACAAGCGGUAGGAGUAUCACUACCUUCAAACAAAUAAAUAAUAUCCAUAAAAAAAAAAGAAAAAAAAACAUAAACAAACAAACAGAUAAGACGUCAAAGGAUAAGGAGGAACAUGACACCCAGGCUAAGAAGAAGAGGCAGGAGAAACAUGACAUGCAGGUUAAGAAGAAGAGGCAGGACAAGGAGGAACAUGACACUCAGGCCAAGAAGAAUACGAGCACUGCUCCGUCAAUUACGAGCAGCCAUAGAUUAUGUUGAUUCGACCAUGACCUCAACAGAAGAUCAACAGAAAACAAUUCCGCCUCGACAUCUUCCCUCACUGAGCGGGCCAACCUCCCCCACGUCCCCUCUGCAUUCAUUUUUUUUUUUUUUUGUAAUGUAUCAUGGAGAUCAGCAGAGGGAUGAAAUAAAUGAAUAAAAAGCCUGCUCAAAUGUAGCUCACAAAAAGAAAAUAAGACUAGUGAACUGAGUACAGAAACAGUCUGGAUUAAGGACACUAGGCAAAUUGUUCCGGAUUAAGGAUGUUAAAUGAAGAAAUGGAUUAAGGAUAGUGGAUCAGGAAAAUAGACUGUAACAAUGAUAGUGGAGUCAAGAAAUUCAGAAUAUGGAUAGUAAAUUGAGCAAAAGUCUGGAUUAAGGAUACUGAUUAAGAAAAUAGUCAGAAUUAAGGAUAGUGGAUUAAGAAAAGUCUCAAUUAAGGACACUGAAUUAAGAAAAUAGUCGGUAUUAAGAAUAGUAGAUUAAGAAAAUACUCUGGAUUAAGAAUAGAGAAUUAAAAAUACCCGGGAUUAACGACAGAGGAUUAAGAACAGUCUGGAUUAAGGAUAAUGGAUUAAGAAAGUAGUCUCGAUUAACACUUAAACUGCGGACAAAAAAUGCACAUCACAAUGCAAGGCGAAAAUCUAAAUGUAAAAGUAUAUAAUGAAUGAGGAGAUUGUGAUGUGAAACACUGCAGCACAUGAAAGUGGUACAGAAAAUAUUGGGGCAACACUACGAACUCAAAAAGCGCGCUAAAAUUUCACUUGUACGGUUCAAUGAUGACUGGACAGGAGGAAGCUCUCCCUCGCUCUGGCUCUGGCUGUCGCUCUCUCCUCUCCUCUCUCCUCCUCCCCUCUCUUUUCUAUUUUCUCUCCUCUCCUCUCGUAUCUCCUCUCCUCUCCACUCUCCUCUCCUCUCCACUCUCCUCUCCUCUCCUCUCUCCUCUCCUCUCCACUCUCCUAUC